AUGGCAAGAUACGGGAAAGCAGUAAGCACUGCACUGUGGCUGCAGCUAGCAUUAGCUGUUUAUUAUGUACCAAAAUUUACAAUGCUGAUUGUUAUCAAUCAUAGCAAAACUUAUUCUUCUCGUGUAGUCGUUAUUGAUGUAAUUGCAUCUAUUUUAGUGUAUUUUAAUUCCACUUUGAACCCGUUUCUUUACUGCUGGAGAAUUAGAGAAGUGAAACAAGCAGUAAAGGAGAGAAUACGACGAGCACUUUGCUUUCCAUCGACUUAGAUAUAUUUUCUCGGAGUCGUCAGGCUUCUAUAGAUCAGGCGUAAUUUGAAGGGAAAGAAAAAAGAAGAUAGAAUCAUACAAACACGACUUUUCAGCAUCUUUGGUGUUGAAGAUCCUUUGGUCUUUGCCUAUUUAGGCUAAUAAAUAUCAAAUCAAAACACAGUACCAUUAUAUAGAAUCCUAACCGCGUUGGCAAAAAGACAAAUUGAAAGGCAGAAUUAAUAUCAGUCAGAUGCCGAGAGGUACAUACAUAUAGUGUAUGGCAGGGCCUGUGCAAACUCGCUUCUCAUUUUAUUGUCAAAUCCUAAGACUGUCUUCUGCUCAUUCCAAGCUUUUAAAAUUGAUCUAGUAAGCCAUAUAAUAACAACCCGCUAUUGUGGGCUAAACUGCUCCUGAUUAUAAGCACACAAUUUAUAAGAAUUGAACAAAAUAAACUGUUUUAGAUGGGAACAUUUUUCAGCCUUGAAAGGGAAAGGGUAAAUAGCAAAUGGGAGAUAUUGUAGAAGUUAGGAAAGUUAAUAAAGAUGAAAGUUGGAUGGAUUGUUUGUUGGUUUACUCGCUCUACAUUUUUCACCGCUUGUGUAGUUCCUUCGCCUUCUUGAAUUGUCAGACGCGGAAGGAAGAGAAAAUAACUUGUAGACGUUUUUCAAUGACGAGACAUCAAUGAAACAUUGUUUGAAAUUACUAGGAAUCUAGGUCCGCUGAAUAAUUUUGAACAAUUCUCUACGUUGGGUUAUAAUAACGGUUGUGGCUUUUAUCCCGGAGAUAUUUGCUUGUAAUAUGUAAAGAUUGCGGGUGGAUUUUUAGUUAUUCAAUUGGAGAUCAUUCAUGCUUUUCGGGAACAAAUGUGUCUCCGAUUCCAGAUGCGUGAAAUUUAAAAAAAUGCAUGCUUUGGUGUUUGCUUAUUUAUGCUAAUAAAUAUCAAAUCGAAACACAGUACAAUUGUUUAGCAUUCUAACCACACCGGCAAAAAGACAAAUUGAAAAGCAGAAUUAAUAUCACCCAGGUGCUGAGAGGUGCUAUCUGUUUGACUUUCCUCCGAUAUACUGCAUGGCGGGGCCUCUGCAAACUCGCUGCUCAUUUUCUUGCCAAAUCCUAAAGCUGUGCUUUGCUCAUUCCAUAUUUUUAAAAUUAAUCAAAUAAGCUAUAUGGUAACAACGCGCUAUUCCAGUAUUGUGGACUAAACUGCUCCUUAUUAUAAGCGCGAUUCAUCCAAAUAUUUUACAACUUUGAGCUCAAAUAUCUCCCCUUGCCAGAAAGCUACAACACUAAUCUUGAUUCCCCUUUAUAAUCCAUAAUUUCAUCUUUGACAGUCAUUGAAAAUAUCUUUUAGGCACCACCGUAUUUUUGUCUUGGAUGCCUUUUAAAAUCUGCGACUGUGACAAGUUUCUCUCAACUACACCUGUCACGCAAUUCUUGCUCAAGACGGUCACUUGACCAAAUAAACCUACUUUUUUUUUUUUUAGCUCUUUAUACAAGAUGAUUGAUCAAAAAAGAUAAAAAUGUGAAAAACUUUCGAGAUUUUAUGUAGGAAUGGUAAAUUUCACGUUUAGAGAGAUGCAUGUAGGCGAAAAAUCGAUGGAAAAAUCGUAACGUUUCUUUCUUCUGUCGUUUAUUACUUUAAAGAUUUGUUAAAAUCAGGAAAUAGGGCUUUUUUACAGAAAAAAAAAAUUCAUUAGUCUAUAAUUUGAUUGUUUGUUAUCAUUAUCGCACAGUUCACAAUAAGGAAACUGUAACAGGAGUGGAGAUUUUAAAGUCACAUGUCGCGUGCUUGUUGACGUUCAAGUUCCCGUGUGUAACAACUUCGGCUUUUCCAGACCGCGGAUGACGAGAAACUCUACCCCCUUUAUUUGAUAGGAAACAUCAAUAGGCCCAUAAAAUUCAUUAACUGCGCCGUAUUUCCAGAAAAUAAGACGGGAAAAUGUUUUUUCCACUUUCCACCGUCAAGAAAUUCCACGUAGAAAUAGUAUUUGUAACGUGACUGCGUGACCUUUCAUAAGAAGUAAAAAUUGUGUAUCUUUUUUUUUUUUUCUAAGGAGACACUUCUAGAAAGUUCUUUAUCCUUAUUUUAUCUUAUUUGCCUGUUUUCUUCGUUUUUUAUGCAAAUAUCAUCUGCAUUUGCUAUUAUUUUCGCUGAUUGUCAUAGCCUUUCCUGCGUGUACGUGUAAGCUAGUUCGUAUACAGCACUCUUUUGAGUUUCUUUGCGUGAUGUCGGGCUGAGGUGCGUAGGUCUGGCUCAAAAUAUAUCUGCACGCUGCAACACGGAUUCCUAAGUUUUCUCCUUUUUCUUUAUUUCAAUUUUUAUUCUCUGCCUUGCAUUAUCACACAUGUAUGUUUUUUUUUUAUUCCCUCAGCGCGUUCCCUCAGUAGGCUAUGAAAAGUCAAUAUUGACCAGAACUGAAACCUUUUCUAUCACUAUUUAUUGCAAAGAACCACUCUCAUUUAUAACUUUAGUUCUUAAGAGAAUGUGUUUUAUUUGCUAUUUAUUUCCAUUAGAACAUGAAACUAGGUCCUGAUAAGUUUUUUUGUUUCGUGACUCCCAAAAACUGUGUUUGCGACAACAUCAAUUGGGAAAUCAAAGGCAGUUACGCCCGAGAAAUUCACUUUCGGCCUUCUACCCGCAGAAGGCAAAUCCAUGUCAUGAAGCUUCGUAAGACCUCUGUAAACUAGAGACAUUACGUGAUGCAAAGGGGUCAAAUAUUUCCCCUAAAUCUGUGACCCUCAAACGGAUCACGCUCUCGUACAUAUAACGUCAGAAAAAUGUCACGCACGUAUGGCGCACCUGGCGAAUUCUAUCCACUGGCUUCAAUAUAAGAGACAACUUAUUUACUAUUUGUACACGAGAAAGCUUAUUUACCCUACUUGUAAAACUCCUUGAUGAAGUCUUCUAUUGUCAGACGAAACGCGUGGGAGAUAAAUACAAGUUUUUAUUUUGUCAGUUCGUGCAGUGAUGCUCACUAGCUUGUUCCGUCAAAAACGCUUUUAAUGUGAAGUCACGUCGACCUCGACAGAAAAAUUAAGCUGACCCUGUCAUAAUCAAUGGUUUGACACGGUAAGUACCAAUUUAGGUACAUCAUUGGGCUUUUAUCACAAUAAUGAAAAAAAUGUGCGUUUCCUCAUGCUCGCCACUUCAUUCUUGGAAAAUUAUUUUACCGGAGGGCGAUGUCGCUUAGCUUAGCUUGAAAAUUGAUGUAAAGGGGUCAAAUAAGCUUGUGAUCACUUAUAGGAAAACUUAUUCUUUACAUGAAGUCGUUAUUGAUGGAAUUACCGUUAUGUUAACGUAUUUUAUCUCCACUUUGAAUCCGUUUCGUUACUGCUGGAAAGUCAAAGAAGUGAGACAAGCAGUAAAGCAGACAAUCCGACAAACACUUUGCUUUCCAUGGACUUAGAUCUAUUUUCCCGGAGGUGUAAGACUUGUACUAACCAGGCGUAAUUUGAAGGGAAGGGAAAAGAAGAUAGAAUCAAACAAACACGAUUUUUCAGCAUCUACUGUGUUCUAGAUGCUUUAGUGUUUGCCUAUUUAUGCUGAUAAAUAUCAAAUUAAAACACGGUAUCAUUGUUUAGUAUUCUAACCCCGUCGGCAAAAAGACAAAUUGAAAGGCAGAAUUAAUAUCAUCCAGAUGCCGAGAGGUGCUAUCUGUUUGACUUUCUUCCAAUAUACUGUAUGGCAAGGCCUCUGCGAAGAAGGUGCUUUUUUUCCUGCAAAAUACUAAGGCUGUCUUCUGCUUAUUCCAUGUUUUUAAAAUUGAUCUAAUGAGCCAUAUAAUAACAAUGCGCUAUUGUAGACUAAACUACUCCUGAUUAUAAGCGCACGAUUAAUAAGAAUUGCACGAAAUGAACUGUUUUAGAUAGGAAUAUGUCUCAGCCUUGAAAGAGAAAGAGUAAUUAGCGAAUAGGAGAUAUUGUAGAAGUUAGGAAAGUUAAUCAGUAAAGAUGAGAAUUGGAUGAACAGUUCGUUGGUUUAGUUACUUUAUAUUUUUCACCUGUUGCAGUUCAUUUGCGUUCUUUUCAUACGCAGGGGGGAAGAUAAUUAGCUUGUAGAUGUUUUUCAAUAAUGCGACAUCAAUGAGACAUUGUUUGAAAUAACUUGGGAUCUAAGUCCACCGAAUAACUUUAAAGAACUUUAUCUGUUCGGAGGUUAUAACGGUUUUGACUUUUAUUUCAGAUUUCUGUGUAAUGUACAGAUUUUGCGGCAAGAGUUUUUGUUAUGCAAUUGGAGAUCAUUUAUGCUUUGCAGGAACAAAUGUCUCGCCGAUUCCAAAUGCGUAAAAUUUUAAAAUUUAUUCUAGUAGGAACUAGAAAAAUCUAGAAAAAUCUGAGGAUGAUUUUGAGGAAUCACAUAGUUUCCAAUACAAAAAAAGUAAAAAAAAAAAAGAAAGGUGGGAAAUUGACCGUCGCGGUUUCUAAGAUGUCUUUCUUUUUUGAAUAAAUCGUUUGUCAGAAAGAAAAUUUAAAGGGCAAGAUAAAAAAGAUAGAAUUAACUCGUAUUGAGCAUUCUUAAAGGAAAAUUCGAAACGAAUGGCCAAUACACACCACAUUGUGGAAAAAUACCAGUUGCCGUGACACGGCAUAUUGAUCAUAUUAACAGGAAAAUUCGAAACGAAUGGUCGGUACACACCACAUUAUUUUGCAGAAAAAUGAGAAAUACGGAAUUGAAUUAUAGGAUAUUUUCUCAUGUUAUUAUAUGUUUGCAAAAGAAGCGAGACCUUAAGCCGAGUAAUUUUUUAUGAAUUUAAAUUUCGAAUUAAACUUUAAUUCCAAAUAAUUAUGAGUGCAAUGAAUGGUCCUUAUUUGUCGAUCACUUGAAAGCCCUAAAACUUUUUUUCUGAGCGACUCAAAAACAAAAAAUACAUAUUAAAAAAAAAAAAAAAAAUUCUUGAGUAUUCCAAUGUUUUGAAAUUUUAAUCGGCAUGCAUGUAACCAUAUAUAGAUCAAUUUUAGCCUCUCAGCGUUCACGAUCGAGUAAUUUUAAAUUUAAAAACGAAGAAAAUGUAAGAGAAGAAUUUAAGAUCACAACCAGCUGCCGUUCGAAUGAGACUGUGAGAAAUUAAGGAGGAUGGAAUAAUGAAUAAAUAUUGAAAUGGCUUUCUAAUUGUGUGAUAGUUUAGUGAAGUAACAUUUUGCACCUGUCAUGGUUCCUUUUAUAAAUUCUGAUCAGAUGCAACAAGAAGAGAAAAUGAUUGGGAAAUGUUUACAAGUGACGAUACGAAACGUUAAACAUUUUUUUUUUUCAAAUUUCUUGACAUCUACGGUCAUAGAUUAAUUUUCAGUUGUUAUUUAAAUGUGUUUGGAAUUAUAACUGUUUUUUAUUUAUUUCAAGACUGUUUUUCGUGAACAUUUUCGUGUGGGAAGACGGGUAAGUUAUUUGAAUUUUUAUUAUCUCCUUCCCCAUCUUUUCUAUAGUUUUACAAAGAGGAGCUAAACAGCUGGUCGGCGACUGGUCGAUAGAUGUUUCAGGUAAGUCCGAAAACAAAGAUUGUGAUUCACUUUUGUAGCUUCUCAUUUGGCUGAAGACAGCAGACUUUCGCAAUGUUUUAUUGAACGCGAUUUUUCAGCGGGAACGUCAUUUUGCGGAUCGACAAGUAUCCUUAAAAUCGAUUUAGUUCUACCGUUCCGGGCCAAUUCCUAAUUUUGUUAUCUAAAGAGAGGGUUUUUUAAAAAAUUAUAAAUUAACAGAUGUCUUUAUCCUUGAAUUUUUUUCAGCUCUUAUUUAAAGAGCGUUCUUGAAUGAAAUUUAUCAGCCAGAGGAAUACCUUUUAUGGGGUUUAUUGAUGCAAGGCACACCCUCAAAAUUUCAAGAAAGGUGUAGAUGUGUAAAUAUGUAAUAGUCUCGACGGACAGUUCGUUCAACCUAUUUAAAACGAGUAGGAUGCGUUGCAGAAGCUUUUAGAGCUGAUAAUAUCUUGGCCAGGUGGUAGCUGUGAAGAAGUAUUCCUCCGUGGUGUCAGCAGUUCCAAAAAACCACAGCGAAAGGAGAAAAACCGUUUUAAGAGAUGCACAAUGAUUGCGACGACAAACUCAACAGAGGGUGGAACACAGACGGAAGCAUAUGAAGUAUUGCCUUGUUCCCCUUCUUCGGUAGUUGGGUUACAACAGAAAUCCAUUUAUUUCUCAGCAGUUAACAUUUUCCUCUCCAUCACAGCAUUUCUUGGGAAUUUUUUAAUCCUUGUUGCCCUUAACAAGGAAUUUUCCCUUCAUCCACCGUCCAAACUCUUGUAUCGUUGUCUUGCAACAACUGAUCUGUUGGUAGGUCUUGUUACUCAGCCUCUCGCUGCUACUUAUUGGAUGUCCGUGGUUCAUGAACACUGGAGUCUUUGUCGAUACACAAGGGGCGCAGUCUACAUAUCAAGCUAUGCAUUAUGUUUAGUGUCUUUGUUGACAUUGACGGCCAUAAGCGUGGACAGACUUCUCGCUCUGUUGUUGGGAAUAAGAUAUAGACAAAUAGUAACUUUAAAGCGCACGUGUAUCACCACAGCUACUUUUUGGAUUUUAUCCGUCGCCGCUGCAUCAUUUUCCGUUUCGCAUACUCGAAUAAGCAUUUGGUAUGGAACUGUAGUUAUACUUUCAUGCUCAGUGAUCUCAAUCGCCUCGUACACUAAGAUAUUUCGCACUCUUAAACAUCAUCAGGCUCAAGUACAAGAUCAUGUUCUACAACAGUCGUGCCAAACAACUGCACUAAACAUGGCAAGAUACAGGAAGGCAGUGAGCAGUGCACUGUGGGUGCAGUUAGCAUUAGCCGUUUGUUAUGUACCAAAAGUUAUAGUGCUGCUUGUGCUCACUCAUAGAAAAACUUAUUCUUCACAUGUAGUAGUUAUUGAUGCAAUAACAACCAUUUUAACAUAUUUUAACUCCACUUUGAACCCGUUUCUUUACUGCUGGAAAGUCAGAGAAGUGAGACAAGCAGUAAAGCAGACAAUCCGACAAGCACUGUGCUUUCCAUGGACUUAG